GGAAAAAGGACGAACACGGGGUCCCGUGGCGGAAAUUUGAAUAUCAGGUGGAACGAACCCUAAAAAAAAUUUUCCUCCUCAGAGGGGGAGAAGCGUCUUUGUUCCCCACAUCUCCGGCUCGCGGCGAAAUUUUAGGGUUAGGGUUCGUGAUUUCGACCUCCGUUGUCCAGUUCCCCUCCUCGCAAACCACUCGCUUUUUCCCUGCCAUCUUUUGUAAAGAUCGCAGCUUUGGGUCGGCCACUUUGCGUGUUGGACGCUUAAUUCCGUGGAUUAUAUGGGUAUGGCCUCGAAACCCUGUUGAUUUUGUUCGUUUUCCUGCGAGAAACUGCUGGGAUUGUUGAUUUCCUCUUCAAAAUCGGUUCUUCCCGCGGGAAGUGGCGAAUAUUUGUGGUUUGGAGGCCUUUGGGCAGGAAAUUGAGGGGAGAUUUAGGGUUCGAAAUCGUUGGAUUUGGGAAUUGGGGAUUUGCGGUGCGGCAUGUUAAUGUCGGCAGCGAAUAUGGCUCCUGCGGCGGUGAAAAGCUCUUUGGAGGUGAUGCUGGACACAAUUAGGCAAAGGGAUGAGCAGCCGAAGGACGUCCCUCCGGCAUUGCCGGCCCGGCCCACUUCGCGAGGGCGAUUGCCCUCUGCCAGAAGGUCUCUCCCCGUCGGAUUUAAGCUUGAGAACGGUUUGCCCGACGGCUGUUCGGCGGAAUUCCUCAAUGGGGAAAGGAAGAUAGAGGGGCAGGACUCAAGGGAAGGUCGGGAGGUGGGGUUUGGAAACGGGAAUUUUGGAAACAAUGGGAUAGCUCAGGUGGAUAUGAUGGAAGAAUCUGCAGAUGCUAAUAUGAUGGAAUUAGAUAGAUCAGAGAAAAGAACCCUAAAGAAGGAAAACAAUGAUGAGGCUUCUUCGGUUAUUGCUGAACUUGAGAGGCGAGUCUUGAAAGCAGAACUCGCACUGCGAGAAAAGGAAGAGGAGAAUGCUUCUUUAAAGCAGCAGCUUCAACAGUACGAGAGGAGGUGGUCGGAGUAUGAGGGAAAGAUGAAGUCCAUGGAAGAGACAUGGCAGAAUCAGCUCAAUUCUUUGCAGCUGAGCCUUGCUUCUGCCAAAAAGAGCUUUCCCUCUGAUGAAAUAGCCAUCCAUCCAGUAGUGCUCAAUUCCUCUCCAAUCCGCCUCCAUUUUGAGUCUGAUCCUGCAAUUCUCUCUAAGACUGCCAUACCUUCUGCCGAAGCACUUCCCAAACAAGCCAGUGCUUCCGAGGCCCAAAUAGUAGGAAAUUCUAAUGGGCCCAAUGGGCCUCAUAUGGCAGUUGGCCACCUUGUGAGGGAACUAGAGCAGAAAAAGCAGGCCUUUGAGAGCGAUGCGGGUCAAUUAAUAGCAGCGAAAUCAGGUCAAUCUGAUGUGAACGUAAACCCUGAUGAGGAGCUACGGAGAUUGAAAGUCCGGUUCACUGCAUGGAAGAAGGACUAUAAAGUUCGGUUAAGGGAGACAAAGGCGGCGCUUCAAAAACUCGGCAAUCAUGAGAAAACUCGCAAAAGAUGGUGGCUUAAAAGGAGCUCAAAGUGAGAGAAUCCUUUCCUUUACUGUAUCAUCUCAUUAUGGCUUUGGGUUUUUGCAUAUUUAAACCUGCAAAUAUGUGAAAUUUUGCACGUACCUCUGCAAAGUUGGUAUUUGCAUGCAUGCUGAAAGGCUUAAUUAUUUGCGCUCAAACCUGCUAGGCACAUCUAUCGGAAAUGACUUUGGCACAUUUAAUUCUGACAGGUGUAUAAAUGCAAACAAAUAAUGGUUUUCUAGGAUAUGCAUGCAGAUACCAACUUCUCAAAGGUACUUGUGCAAAUAUGUAGGAAGACCCAUGGCUACCCAUGGUGGGCCUAUUUUGAUCUUGAUGGCUCUUCUCCAUUGAGCCAUGAAAAAUCCUAUGCUACCCAUGGUGGGCCUAUUUUGAUCUUGAUGGCUCUUCUCCAUUGAGCCAUGAUAAAUCCUAUGCUACCCAUGGUGGGCCUAUUUUGAUCUUCAUGGCUCUUCUCCACUGAGCCAUGAAAAAUCCUAAAGUUUUCAGGCAAUCUCUGGAGAAAAUAAGGAUAUAGAGAGCAUAAUGCUUUGGUUCCUGGUUGCUCGUAUUUCCAUUUUCUCAGCUCAUGUAUAUCUUUUGCUUUACCUUUUUGUUCUCUUGCUGUUUUCUCUAUUAAGCACCUCGAGAUACAAAGUUCGACGGAAGGUGUGAGAGUGAAAUAUCUUUGUACAUUCUAUGUUAUUUAAUGCAACUCAAAAGUUAGAAUUCAGCAUUCUGGAGAUGGAUGGAUGAUACAGUAUUGCUUGCUAAGCAUGUCUUAUGGAAUGAAUCUUGUCUCUCCUAUUGUUAUCUUUGAA